AUGGAUUCACAGAAGGAUGUUCAACCUCCAAAGCAGCAGCCAAUGAUUUACAUUUGUGGAGAAUGUCAUACGGAAAAUGAAAUAAAGGCAAGAGAUCCUAUCAGAUGCAGAGAAUGUGGUUACCGAAUAAUGUACAAGAAAAGGACAAAAAGAUUGGUGGUUUUUGAUGCCCGAUGA